AUGACGGCAUCGCUACACAAAUUCUAAAUUGUUAUAUAUUUUUAUAUUUUUUUAUACAUAUAUACUUAAACAUACCUCAUUCAGAUCAAAUUGUUUUGGGAAAUUGUGUGUUUAUCAGUUUUAAACGGCUCAGUUAUAUACAAAUUAUUGUUUUCUUUACUUGUUUUAUAAUGCAAAUAACCCUCAGUGAGAACUGGCAAGGCUGCUAUAGGCCAGACCUAUACUAUUCACUGCUCCGAGUGCUUAAAAUGACCCAUAUACCCCUACAAGUUCAGUAAAGCUGCAAUGGAGGGGGACGGUGAGGGUAUGAUGGCGAUACUCCAGGGGCUGGAUCCCGCUGGAGUGACCCUGACGGUGAUGAACAGGUCCAGACAGAACACAGACAGACGGAGGUCAACUAGACCUAGGAUACAAUUCAAUGACAACAAUUUCCCUAGGUCUUCAGUGGAGGCCGGCACCGAUGUGAUGAGGAAAUCUGACACUGGAGUGCAGAUCUGUGAUGGGAGAUACGCUAGCAGUUACAAGACGGCACACUGCAUGGUGAGUCCAACGUCUCCACCAGAGGGAGUGUCGGAGUUCCCUCCGCAGAGGAGGGAGCCGUGUCGCAAUCAAGGAAACUUCGAGGUGGGUGGUCACGGCAGCGGGUACGCCAGUCAGAGGUCCAGCUCCAGGUUCCGGGUACACAGCGGAUGCCAGGUUAGGGCAGACAGGAGCAGUGGGGCUCUACUCCACCGCAGCAGGUCCAGUCGCUACACGGAGGCGUUUGUCCACUCCCUGCGGAAGUACCCCUGCGAGGUGACCGGCAGGACUGUCUCCACGGACCUCAUUGAGAGGCUCCUGAGAUAUACGCAGAGCAAGAAUUCAUCUAGAGGAGUAAGACCAUCAAGAAGCAUGAGAUCCCUGCAAGAAGACGGAUCAGAUCUUCGCGACGGCUUCAAGGUGUCGAAGCAUCAGCAGACGUAUACGCGAAGACCGAGAGAAGCACCGAGCGGGCCCAUUGGGUACAAGGGCAGGGCUAAAAGCUUCAGACUGUACUCGCCUGUGAGUGAGAGUCGACAUCUCAGAGAAUCUCUAUACAGAGAACCGAAAUUCAGUACCAGCUACGACUAUUUGAGGGCGGGCACCACUCGCAACAGAUCGGAAGGUUCCCCAAGCCCGUCAGGAUCCAGGAGUCCGUCGCAGCCUCGCCCGCUCCGGUUCGAACGACCAGCCCAUUCUGUGCGGGACAUGAGCCUGAGUGACGUCUCCAAAUACAUCAGGAGUACUAUCCGGCAGAUUUACAGGGAACGGCCUUAUGUGUUCCAAGUGUGUCCGCGGCUUAUGAACCGAUACUACCAGCAUAAGAAAGUCUGUCCGGUUCAGAAUGAUGGGGCAGACGAACCCACGGUGAUGAACGACCAAGAGAGUGCAGGCCCCAGAUCCAUAUCGUCUCGUUUCUUACCGACUAAAAGUAGCUGUUCCGAGCCAAAGAUUGGUCAGUCGGUUGGGUUUCAGUGUAACGGCACGUACUGCUCGUGCAGCCGGUCCAUCCAGUGCAGCUGCUACCCCGACGCAGCCACCAACACCUCCCUCACCAACCUCCAACCCAAAAAACCCAAACACUUCUGCUGCCCAAAACUGAAUACUUCUGGUGCCAAAUGUGCUUGUCCAGAAGAGACUUACAAAGUACCUAUGAUUUGCUCCUGUGCUAACGACGAUGAGAUGUACUACAACCAUCGCAUCGAUGAAGAAAUCUCUGAUUGGCUGAAACAUGUUCCUGUUCAAAGUAUUGAAAGCGCUGACGUGAAAAGGAAAAGAGAUUCCAUGGUUAGACAGCUCAGGAAAACUUUGAAACAACUUCGAGAUGAUGAGAAUUCUGAUGAUAAUGUCACGAAGGAAGUCAAAACGUUCAUUGCAGAUUUCCCUAUUUGGAGCCCUGGGAAGGAUAAAAAGGAUGAAAUGCAAUUCAAAGAUAAACUAGCAGAAACUCUCAUUGGAAGAAUUACAAGUGUACCAAGGAAACCAGACAAGAUUAAAGAUUUUGUCAGGAAAUGGGCGCGGGAGAAUUUAGAGUUUGAAGAUGGUAUAGAUGAUGCGGACAAGGAAGCAGACAUCGAUAAUAUCGUUAACCAUCUCAAGCAUUUAGCUGCUGAUAGACCUGACAAUGAUGCUCAAUACAAAGAAAUGCUAAUAAAAGAGAUUACAGAAAUGAUUAAGCCGUUACCUUUGAAAAUACAAGAUAAUAGAGAUGGUAUGUUAAAUAAAUGGGCCACUAAACUAGCUGCUUACUUAGUAACCAUACCAAAGAACAUAGAUUUAUCUGAAGAUAGAACAGAUUUUACUUUCGAUCUGGAAGACGGUUUAGAAGGAUUAUUAAAAGAAUUAGGGAUUAUAAGAGAAGCCUUAGAACAAUUAAGAGAUAAUCCGAAUAUUCUUACAACGUUGGCUAAAAGAUUAAACAAGUUACAAGCUCAAGGUAUAGAUGAUGAAGUUGUUAGAGACAAAAUGAAAAAUGAACUCCGUAAGUUUAUGGAUGACUUGGGUGUUACACAGGAAUUGAUCGAUGAAUUGGUAGAUGAGUUAAUGAAUCAAGUAGACGACACUGUACGUACAAGCCAGUUGGCAAUCAAUAAUAUUGAUGAGCUCCAUGAAAUCGUAGUGGAUUGGUUAAACAAAUUACCCGGUAUAGACCAAGUAGAUAAGGCAAAAUUUGACAAAGUUAGUCGGGAUCUUGUGAAUGGAAUCAAAGAAGCGAAAGAAGAAGGUAGUGAGAAUAUGGAGAGUGAGAUAUUUGGUCGUAUAGACGAGGCAGAUCUGCCCAUAGAAGCUGAGACGAUACGUAAACAUAUACCGGAUCUUAUAAAGAAAAUAGACAUGUGGCCUUCGAAUAAAAUCUAUAAUCAUGAAACAAAAGAAGCAUUAAUCGAGGAAAUUUAUCAAAUUAUUGAUUCAUCAAAAAUAGCAGAGGAAAAGAAGCAAUCAAUUAAAAACAGGGUCCAAAAGAUUAUUGAUAGUCAUGUAAUGAAUGCAUCAAGUUUAGACACACGCCAAGUGCAUGAAUAUCUCAAAGAUGCAUUAUCGGAUGAUGUCGAGAGAGCUAUGUCCGAAGAAGGUAUAGCUUCUGACAGUCAACCAGAUUUAUUGAAUAAAUUAACAUCAGCAGUGAGCAGGAAUUACUUCAAAUCCUUCAUUGGACUCGACAGGCAUUUGGCAUCUGAUUUGAAGGAAUCUGCAGCUAAAUUCAUCAGGGGUGCUCUAGAUGAUGUUCCAAUGAACGGACGUAGAAAGAAAGAAUUGAUUGACGAAGUGAAAACUACGCUAGACAGAGAUAUUAAUAAACCUUUACCCGAUGACAUAGAAGACACAAUUACUGAAGAAAUUUGUGGCAUUGUUGAAGCAUCGCCGGUUAGAGACGAUGAUAAUAUUGCGAGAUAUCUAAAAUGCUUAUUGUCAUCAAUUUCAGCGAAAGUAUUUGAUAUGUUCACGUGUAAGAAUAACUGUGUCUGCCAUAUACAGAAUCGAGUAGAGAAUGACGUAUGUGAACUCAUAGAUAGAUGUCCAAUGGAUUGUAAUAAAAAACGGGACUUAAAAAGAAAUGUACAAGAUAUACUGUCUGAGAAUGAGUUUCGCGAGAUCUCAGACGAUGCAAAACAAGCAGUGAAGGGUGAUAUCAUUAGUGUUGUUAGUGACUUAUCGAUACCCGAAGAUAAAAAGAACUAUUUGAGAAGUAGCGUCAGUGAAACUAUAUCACAAGACUUUGGCGACGCCAUAUUUGGUCUGAGACAUGAUAUAGGUAAAGUGAAACACAAAAUAUUUAACCAUCUAACCAAUGCUAUCGAGAAAGCACCAAUGAGUUUGGACUCCAAAGAAUAUUUUCACACUAAACUCAAACGCAUGUUGAAUGAGAAAUUAGAUACUACUCUCACAAAUGAAGAAAAGAACACAAUUUUAGAUGAUGUUUCUGAUAUCGUUGAAGAUGUUCUACCAGAAGAUAAAAAAGCAAAACUAAGAAACAAAUUAACGAAUAAACUAGAAUCUGAAGACAGUGGUAACGUUUUCACAGAUGAAAUUAAAACAUCGUUAGAUCAAAGUAUAAAAGAUAUAAUAGACAACGCUUCUAUACCUCAAGAUACUAAGAACGAUUUAAAAAAGCAAUUAACAGCAAGUCUUGAUAAUAAUCGAGGAGAGUCACUGUCGGAAGUUAGAAAUGAAAUAAAAGGAAAAAUGUUUGAUAUUAUUGAUGAGUCACCACUGGUAGAGGAUAAGCAGAGAGCGUUAAAAAAGGAGCUGGUUAAUUUACUGACAAACAAAAUGGGAGGAACGUCAAUCGAACACAUUGGAAUGGAUGACUAUAAAAGAAAGAUUACAAAUGACAUAAGUGAACUGUUUGCAAAACUUCCUAUAAGCGAAGAUGAGAAAGGUGAUAUCAAAUAUCAAAUUAGCAAGAAAGUCUCCGAUGCUAUUUACAGACCAUUAACUGAUGAGGUGAAAACGAAAAUUAAAAAAGAUAUAAAUGAAAUCGUAAAAGAAACGGGUGUUCCUGAAAAAGAACUAGCGCAGUUUAAACCAAAACUAGACGCAGUUUUAAAAAUAUAUCUAGAUGUAACCCCUGACACGGACAAAGACCUGGAUGUUAUAAAAGAAGAGGUCAAACAACACUUUAGUCAAGCCAUUGAGGAACUACCAAUAACGAAUGAUAAAAAAAGAAGUUUGAAAAUUAAGCUAAAAGAUAUACUUGUUAACAAUAUUGAUCGCAAAAUGACAGAUGACAUACAAGAAGACAUAAAUAAAGAAAUCGGAAGUAUUAUAGACAAUUCAAGUAUCCCUGAGAAAGUACCAGAAAGUAAGGUUCUUGAUAUGAAGGAUGAAGUAGCUGAUAUCGUCACUGGACUGCAUUUAGACGAAUACAUGCGCGAAUAUGUAGUCAAAGAUUGGAUAAAAGAACUACUAACAAAAAAUUUAGAAGAUGUCGUUAACACAUUUCCCACUGAUACUAAAAACAAAGUAAAACUUAAGAAAGAUAUAGAGAAAGCGUUAGUUCACAGUUUAUACCUACCUAUGACGGACACAAUAAAAACUAAUAUAAGACGAGAUAUAAUCAAUGCGGUUGAUAAAAUGGGUAUUGAUGAGGAAGAAAAUGGUGAAGUCAAGAGGCGAUUGUCAUCCGCGAUAUCAAAAGGUAUGGACAAAAAAAUGUCUGUAGGCAAAGACCUAGAUCAAAUAAAAUCAGCCUUGCAACAAAUAAUCAAAGAAGGAAUCGAGAAUGCACCAAUACCAGAAUAUACACAAGACUUGUUAGCACAAGAAACUGAAGAUAUUUUAAACGAAAAUCUAAUCCAACCAAUAACAGAUGAAAUGAAAAGUAAUAUACACGAUCAAAUAGAACUUAUAAUAGAAGAUGCUAAAUUUGAUAACGAAAAAUAUGAGAAAAAAUUAAUAAGCACCAUUGAAAAAAAUCUAAGAGACAUAAGAUCAAGAAUAAAAGGCGAUUUAGAGGCAAAAAAGGCGAAGGAAAUAAUGCUAGAGAAGGUGAGACAAAAGAUUGAUGAGUCAACUAUUGAUAAACAAAAGAAAUUAGAACUGAAAUCUAAUUUGGAUAAAACAAUUUCCGAUUACUUGGGAAUGCCUUUCGAGGGUAAAGUACGUGAUGAUUUUCAAGCAGAUAUAGACAAAAUAGUCACUGAAAUUACUUCACCUGGGGCUGGAGACAAAAGACCUAGAAGAAUAUCUAUCAGCGUUGACGAAACUGCCGAAGGAGAAAUACAGGAUCAGGAACUAACAAAAUAUAUACGUAAUCUAGAAAACGAAACUCAAGAAAAUAUUUUAACAGAACUCAAAAAGGCUAUAGAUGGCGCGCCGAUAUACGCAGAUAAAAAGAGAGAAGCUAAGAAAAACCUUUUAAAUAUUGGAAAAGAAUACUUUAGUAAACCAUUGGCAGAAGAGAGUCUUAGAGAUUUAAAAGAUGAUUUAAUUGAUAUUCUUGAUGAACUACAAUUACCGAAGGAUACAAGGGCUAAAAUGCUUCAACAACUAUCUAACUUAGUUGACGAUCUAUCGAAAAGUAAAUCAGUUGACUCCCAAGAAACUGUUAAAGUUAAUGUGUUACAUGCGAUAAAAAAUACUGUGAAUUAUGCAACGAUACCUAAAGAUAAAAAGCUUGAACUGAAAAACCAACUUGUAGAUAUGGCUGUUAGGGUGUUCAAUACUACACCGUUGGAAGACAUACUAGAUGCUCUUCAAGACGGAGCCAGUGACAUUCUUGAUGACUACCCUUUAAUAAGAGAUAAGAAGACCAAAUUGAGACGUGAUUUGGAAGAGAGUAUUGAAGAACAUUUAGGUUUAUCUGAAUAUUAUUAUCCAAAUGUACAGACAAGAUUUUCUAGAGGUAUAAUACCGAACUUUUACGUUCAAAGAGAAGAGAGAACGUCACUGCUGACAGAAGAAAUUAAUAGAAACAAGUUAAGAAAGAGUAUACUCCAAGGUAUCGAUGAAGUUAUCAGCAAAUCUCGUCUUCCCUUGAGGAAAAAAGAUAAUUUAAAAGAAAAAAUAAGUAAAACAAUAGAUAAAGCUGUUAGGACGUCAGUUCCUAAAGAUUUGGAAGUAGAUUUGAAAGACAGUAUUUGUGAUGUAGUUGACGAAGUACUAAUGUUUGAUUCUGACAAGUAUAAAGUUAGAGAUGAUUUAACAAACAUAAUAGAUCAAAGAAUGGAUGAUGUUCGAAGGUUUACGAAUGAUGAUAACGAUACAGAUGGGAAACGGCUGCAAAGCUUUUUCCGUAAUCUUGAAAAGGCUUUAAAUGACGCGCUAAUGCCUAUAUCAAAAAAGAACACACUAAAGAACAAAUUGAAAAUCUUAUCCGAUACUGGCUUCAAACCACCAUUCUCUAAAGCUGCUCAAAAUAUUAUAAUAGAGGGAGUUGAUGAGAUUUUAGAAGAGUUGCUUUCAAAAGACGCAAGGAAGAAAAAUAGAAAGGAAUUACGAGAUAUAAUAGGUACAAGCAAAAACAAACAAAUAGUGCAAGAACAGAUAACACUUAAAAAAACUAAAGUUUUUCCUAUUAAAAACACUGGAGCGACACCACCAGAUGACAACAUAAAAGACAAUGAACCUAAAACAAUACAUGAUUUCUUCAAAGUAAUUGAGAAUGAAAUCAGUGAAUCUCAUGUCUUUAGGAAGAAAAAAGCCGAAUUGAAAAUUAAUUUGCACAAAAUGGCUAACGAUUUUUUCGACAAUUCUUGGUCUGAAGAUGUUAAAGACGAUUUGAAACGUGGGAUCAGUAAUAUACUGGACGACUUACUCAUAAGCAGAGCUAGGAAACAUAAACUGAAAUCGCAUUUAGAAACAUUAAUUGAUGAACCGCCAGUGACUACCAGUCUAGAACCAUGGAAAGAGGUGAAAGACUUGCAAAAAUAUCCUCUAGAAAUAUUUUUCCAUAAACUUGAAGAAAUAAUAGACGAAAAUCCAGUCCCUGUUAGAAAAAACAAGUUACUGAAGAAAAAGCUAAAAGAUUUGUCUACUCCAGGCUUUAAACAACCAUUUACUAGAAAGCAGAGAAAUGCUGUAUAUGACAUCUUAGAUGCGCUACCGUUGUCAAACCAGGAGAAAAAUAGAUUUAUAAAAGAAUUAGCUAGUAUUUUUGGUGUAGUUUGGACUAAGGGUAAAGAAAGCGAUAGAUCAAAAUCUCUUUCAACAUAUAAAGAAGAUAGAUUUGAAAUUACGGAUGAAGAGAAAUUCGAAGAUUUCCUUCAUAAAUUUGAAGAGAUUAUAGAUGAAAACCCGCUUCCUGAAUACAAAAAGAAAGUGCUGAAGAGAAAACUGAAAGAGUUAUGCACCCCAGCGUCUAGGAAACCAUUUAAUAAACUAUGGAGAAAUGGAGUUCAUAAUAUUUUAGACGUCCUAACGUUAUCUGAGGAUGAAAAGAAUGAUGUCUUAAGAGAAUUAGGUAACAUCUUAUGUGUUGAUCUAAGUACGGAGAACGAAAUCGAAAAAUCAACGGCUUUGCAAAUACGUACUGCUAAACCUGAUUACAAAGAAUCUAGCAAACUGUUUCUAUUAGACGAACGUGUGAUAACUAAAGCGAGAGAGAGCAUAGUGAAAAAUAUUGAACGGAAAAUCAAAGAAACAUUCAUGUCUGGGUCAAAGAAAGCGAUAUUGAUGGGAAGAUUACAAAAGUUAGCGUCUAAUGAACUGCAGAAGCCUUUGUCUGAGAGCGCACAAGAGACCGUGAGAGAAGAAGUAGGGGACAUCAUAAAUAAACUGCCUAUAGAUGAGGCAGAAAAAGACGAUCUAAUGCAGAUGGUUGAAGAAAAUAUUGAGAUUUUAAAAGACCUUAACAGAGACGAUGACAAUUCACACAAACAAAUUCAAGAAAAUAUUUCUACCGCACUUGAUAAUAUUGUGAAUAAAACGCUGAUAAUUGAAGAUAAGAAGAAAUAUUUAAAGAAGAAACUUAGAAAGUUAGUUGAGAAAACGUUUGAAGAAGCGUUACCUGACAAUGUUCAUGGUGCUCUUAUAGAUGGUGUCAAUGAUAUUGCCAAUGAAGCAGGACUAGCCAAAGCUAAGAGGGACAAACUAAAAGUUGUAUUAAUGGAAGCUAUCGAUGAUAAUAUCGGAGACUUACGAGACGAUGAAAUAGAUACAACUGAAGACAGUAGGGAUAGUAAUACACGUUCAGGGCCGAUGAGACAAAUUAAUGAUACUAAAACAAGAACCAUAGAUAUUAGUACUGACUUAGCUCCAUUUGAUGAAUCUGAUGCUUUUGGAACAAAAACUAAAAGAGACAGAAGGUACGCGGUAUCGCCACCAGGUGGACUUCGUCAAACCGAGAGAAGAUUUGAAAAUCGUAGUAAAGAUUCGAUGCCAUUACAAAUGAAAUUACUAGAAGCAGAAGAUAAAGUGUUGCGAGGGGAAACAAUAGGGAUGGAAACUAAUCCAAUGUUUUAUAGAAGAAAUAUCUUUGAUAAAUACGCACCGCCAACAGAGGAAGCACAGAAAUUUAAAAGAAAAAGUGCAUUGAAGUCUCGUGAUGAGAAAACUAAUAAAAUGCCUAUACUGCACAUGGAGCUUGAUUCUGAGACUUUGGACGAUGUGGCUACUGAUAAUCUUUUAUCGGUUGCCGAAGAUAGUAAAGACGAUGACACAGCUGACUUGAUAGAAGAUAUUCCACUAGAUAAGGCUAAGAAACAUGAGUCAGCUGAUGCAGAAAAUGAAAGAUCAUUAAAACUACCUGGGAAGCGAUUAACCAUAGAACAAGCACAGAUACAAAGUAUACUAAAUACACUCGAAACGCCAAUAGACGACUCACAAAUUACUACAAGACAAAAAGACAAUUUGAAAGAAAAACUAAAAAUCAUGUUUACUAAGAAUUACAGAAUACCACUAACAGACGAUUUAAAAGAUGCCUUGAAAGCUGAAAUUAAUGUUGUAUUAAAUGAAAUGCCCUUGACUAAUUACAAGAAAAAUAAAUUAGAGUAUGAACUGUUUCAUUCAUUAGAUUCUUACUUGAAUCGGCUACAAAGAAACAUGAAAUAUCUUGGACAUUGGAUAAGUAAUCAAAGAGAAAGCAAUGAAUUUAAAAUAACAGAUAACAACCCAAAAUCAAUAGAAGAUUUGUUUAAAAUAAUUGAAAACCAAAUCGAUGAAUCACCAAUCUUAAGACGGAAAAAAGUUGUAUUGAAAAAUAAUUUGCAAAAAAUAGCUGAAGGGUAUUUGAACAAAUCUUCUUCAAAGCGUAAUAAAGAGGACUUGCACAGUGGAAUCAGUAACAUACUGAACAACUUACCCAGCAGUGAAGCUGAGAAAGACAUUCUAAAAAAUUAUAUGAAAAAGUCCUUUGACAAUCGUACAGAGACUUUCAGCUGUCAAGGGUCUUGGAGGGAAGAGAAAGGCGUAGAAAAACAUCCUCUAGAAAUAUUCUUCCAUAAACUGGAACGAAUUAUAGAUGAUAAACAAGUACCUCUGGCGAAAACCAAAGAAGUAAAGAAAAAACUGAACGAUAUAUCCUCUCAAGGUUUUAAACAACCAUUAACUGGGCAACAGAGAAAUGCCAUUUAUGAUAUCUUACACAUUCUACAAAUACCAGAAGAAGAAAAGAACAGACUGUUCAAAGAAUUUGCUGACAUUUUAAAUGUAGAUUGGAAUAUGGGUAAAGAAAGUGGUAAAAUAAACUCUACAUCAUAUACUGUUAAACAAAGUCUUAGGAAUCCUAGAAGUCCGUCCUUAUAUGACCAAGGUAUUAUAACAAAAGCCAGAGAUAGGAUAGUGGCAGAAGUAGAGCGAAAGAUCGAGGAGACACCCAUGGCUAUAUCGAAGAAAAUGAAAUUGAUGGAGAGGCUAGAAACGAUAGCUUCUGACAAUCUACAGGGACCUCUAACUGAAGGCAUGAGAGAUUAUGUAAUAAGAAAUAUAAGAGAUAUCAUACAACAAUUGCCUAUACAUGCAGCUGACAAAUAUGAACUUACACACAAGGUUGAUUUAAAUAUUAAGAUUAUAUGUGAUAAAAGUCAAGAACUGAGAGAUAGAUCAAUGGAAAAUCCUGAGGAAAGACGGACGAGCCAGACAACAAAGGGCUUCGAUGAAAAUAAAGCACGAUAUAAAAAAUAUGAUGCAGAAACUAUUGCAAUAAACGAAAUCGAUGCAUUUAACGCUAGAUUUAAAAGGGUCAGUAGAGAUUCAACGCCAGCGGAUGAUAACUACAGAACAUUUGGAGAAAAUUAUGAUUAUUAUAAAACUAACCCUAGAUCGAGUACAUCGACAAAAACAAAUGAUAUGUUUAACCCGAGAGAGAGUAUCGUACAAAUGAUUGAACAUAAGCGGUCUCGAGGCAAGUGCAGUCGAGAUUCGGCAGUACAGAAUGAUGAUGGUGACGAUCAUCAAACACAAGACGGAAAAUUUAAUACAACUACAACAUCUACAGACGAACCGGAUAAAUCGCACAAUACAAGUCGCAGAUCUUCAACAAGGGAUCCUGAAACCAGGAAACAUGCAAGAGAAAAUAUAGUGCAUGAAUUCGAACAUAAAAUCAAAGAAGCUUCCAUAUCUAGAAAGAAAAGAACAGAACUACUAGAGAAAUUAGAAAAAGUGUCAGAUAGUAUGAAGACACCUUUCUCGGAAUCACAUAAGAAUCACGUUAUCAAUAAUCUAAAUGAAAUCGCAGAACAAUUGCUAAUAGAAGAAGCAGACAGAAAUGAGUUAACGCGCAUUAUUAAUGAGAAUAUAGAGUGUCUAGUUGAUCCUAGUAUUAGAAAAAAAGAAUUAAAACUGCUAGAAAAAACUAGGGAAGAUAAUAUUCAUGGAUUCGAUGAGGUUACAGAUAAAGCACUAAUAUCCUCAAAAGUAAAAACGCAAUUGAAGAAAAUUUUAAAAGAAUUGAUCCAUUCAACUUUUCACGAACCGACAGAUACUUCUCCCAUUUCACCAGAGGAACUUAAAUAUGGCAUUUAUGAAGUUUUAAAUACGUUAAUAACUUCAAAAAAUAAGAAAAAUAUUUUGAGAGAUGAAUUAUUUAAAGUAGUCGACGAAAAUAUAGAAAAAUAUUUAAUUGAACUGAGAAAGUUGCAGACCGGCAGGGGAACGAGUGCUGGGGAAAUCAAAGAAUCGAUAAAAAAGUCCGUCGAACAAUCAGCUAUCGGGGAUGAUAUCAAACGUAAAAUUCAAAGAGAAAUUAGUGAAAUGUUGAACUCCGAGCUGUGGGACCAAGAAGAUUUUCUCGGAAAUGAAGACGACGACAGAAGCAUUACAGGCCUUAUGGUAACAUUUGAUCUUGAUCCUAAAUAUGAAUCAGAUUUAAGAGCAGCGGAAGAUGAAUUGGCAAGAGUAAUCCGCGAGGGAGGCGAUGUUGAGGCUGCUAAAGAAAGGCUCAUUAAAAAGAUAAUGGAGGAUACAGGUUUAUCAAGAGAGCAAGCUGCAAAACUAGUUAACCAGCUAGAAGCAAACGCAAGCAAAGGUGACAAAGAUGACGUUCAGAAUAUUAUUGACGCCUUUAACCUAGAUCCUAAAUAUGAAAAAGAAUUAAAAGGGAUCGAAGAUGAAUUAACAAGAGUAAUGCUCGAGGGAGGUGACGUAGAGGCUGCGAAAGAACGUCUCAUUAAAAAGAUAAUGGAUGAAACAGGACUAUCAAGAGAACAAGCGACUGUACUAGUUAAUAAACUACAAGCAAAAGCUAAUAAAGAAAAUAAAAACUUUAAAGCCCUCACUGAUGCCUACAAUCUCGAUCCAGAAUAUGCAGCUGAGUUAAAAAAAGCGGAAGAUGAAUUAGCAAAAGUUUUACUAGAAGGAGGUGACGUAGAGGCUGCAAAGGAGAGGCUUAUUAAAAAAAUAAUGGAUGAAACAGGUCUACCGAGAGACCAAGCCGCUGAACUAGUCAAUAAGCUACUAGAGAAAGCUAAUAAAGGUGGCAAAGGUGGCAAGAGUGAGGCCUUAACUAAGGCAUUUAACCUGGAUCCCAAAUAUGAAAAAGAAUUAAAAGGCAUUGAAGACGAAUUAGCAAAAGUAAUCCUUGAGGGAGGCGACGUAGAGGCUGCAAAAGAGAGACUUAUUAAAAAGAUAAUGGAUGAAACAGGUCUAUCGAGAGACCAAGCCGCUGCACUUGUAGAUAAACUGCAUGCAAACGCUAAUAAGGAUGCCAAUGAUAUAGAAAGCCUAGCGAAGGGCUUUAAUCUUGAUCCUGAACAUGCAAAAACAUUAAAAGACGUUGAAGAAGAAUUGAAAAAAAUAAUGCUCGAGGGAGGUGACGUAGAGGCUGCGAAGGAGAGACUUAUUAAAAAGAUAAUGGAUGAAACAGGUCUACCAAGAGACCAAGCCGCAGCACUAGUAGAUAAACUACAUGCUAAAGCUAAUGAAGAUAAUAAAGAGAGGCUUAAGGGCCUUGUUCAAGCCUUUAACUUGGAUCCUAAACAAUUAAAAGAUGUAGAAGAUGAAUUAGCAAAAGUUAUCCGCGAGGGAGGUGACGUAGACGCUGCGAAGGAGAGAAUGAUUAAAAAGAUUAUGGAUGAAACAGGUCUACCGAGAGAGCAAGCCGCUGAAUUAGUUAAUAGGCUAUAUGCAAAAGCUAAUGAAGACAACAAAAAAGGACCUAUUGACCUUAUUCAAGCCUUUAACCUAGAUCCUAAAUACGAAAAAGAACUAAAAAGUGUUGAAGACGAAUUAGCAAAAGUUAUUCUAGAAGGAGGUGACGUAGAGGCUGCAAAGGAAAGAAUGAUUAAAAAAAUAAUGGACGAAACUGGUCUAUCGCGAGAACAAGCCGCAGCGCUAGUAGAUAAACUACAUGCAAAAGUCAACACAGAAAACCAAGGUAAGUCUGAGACUCUAACUAAAAUGUUUAAUCUAGAUCCUAAAUAUGAAAAAGAAUUAAAAAGUGUUGAAGAUGAGUUAACGAGAGUUAUCCUCGAGGGAGGAGACGUAGAGGCUGCGAAGGAGCGGCUCAUCAAAAAAUUAAUGGACGAAACAGGUCUUACGAGAGAGCAAGCCGCUGAAAUUGUUAAUAAACUACAUGCAAAGGUCGACACAGACACCAAAGAUAAUUUAAGCGACCUAACUAAGACUUUUAACCUGGAUCCUAAAUACGAAAAAGAACUAAAAAGUAUGGAAGAUGAAUUAGCAAAGGUAAUCCUUGAGGGAGGUGAUAUAGCAGCCGCAAAAGAGAGACUGAUUAAAAAGAUAAUGGAUGAAACAGGACUAUCAAGAGACCAAGCCGCCGCACUAGUAGACAAACUACAUGCAAAUGCUGACAAAGAAAACAAAUACAUUAACUCCCUUACAGACACAUAUAACCUAGAUCCUGAAUAUGGAAAAGAAUUGAAAGCAAUUGAAGAUGAAUUGGCAAAAGUUAUACGCGAAGGAGGAGACGUAGACGCCGCAAAAGAGAGACUUAUUAAAAAGAUAAUGGAUGAAACAGGUCUAUCAAGAGAGCAAGCUGCUGAACUAGUAGACAGACUACAUGCAAAAGCUAAUGAAGAUAAUAAAAAAAGACUUAAAGCCCUUGUUCAAGCCUCUGACUUAGAUCCAAAGUAUAAAAGUAGUAUAGAAGAUGAAUUGGCAAAAGCAAUCCUCGAAGGGGGUGACGUGGAAGCUGCGAAAGAGAAACUCAUUAAAAAGAUUAUGGAUGAAACAGGACUAUCAAGAGAGGAAGCUGCUGCACUAGUUAAUGGGCUACAUGCAAAGAUCAAGGCAGACACCAAAGAAAUGGAAGACGGAGCUGGCUUACCAUCUACAAAGACUCUAAAAGCCUUCCAAGAUUCACUGAUACGAGAAAUGGACUCGUUCCUCGGCCCAUUUGAUAUGCCUAAAGAAGUAAAAGAAAAACUGAAAAAGACUCUACUGAAUGAAUUAGAUAAACUGCUUAAAAACAAAACUGAUCCGGAUAUAAUAAUGCAACAUUUGAUAGCGACGAUAAAAAGGUUAACGAAUUUGACUGAUGAAGAGGCUGUGGAGCUAGCUCGAAGGCUUAUGAAUAAGACUAAGGAAAAAGGGUUUCUCCCUAAAGUCUGUUGCCCAAAACGCCUGUCGUUUGCUAGCGAUGCCGUUUGCGUCCAGAGGAAAGCCUUCAGAGACGCCAUUUUGAGAGAAAUUGGUGAUGGAUUCUUUGGGUGCCACUUAUCAGAAGAGAAGAAGAAAUAUUUGGAAGAUUUGUUGAUAGAAGACUACGCUAAAGAGUAUGGCAUCACCCUCACUGAAUGUUGUAUUACAGGUGAUGUAGGAAAUGAGAAUGAUAUAACAACAAUAGUUAACGAUUGGAUUAGUACAAUACCAGUCACCAUGAGGAGUGAUCAAGAUUACAACAGAUUCGUGCAACAAAAGAACGAAUUAAUACCAAAAAUCAUGCAGUCUUUACCUGCUAGUGACUACGGCUCGAUUAGAGAAGAUGCCAAGACCUUCCUACUGAAGAUACCUUUACAUCCUGAUUAUAAAGAAAGUGAAGAACAGCAGGAUAAUAAGGUGGAAGACCUUAUAGACAGGUUUCUGUGUUUACCACCAAAAGCUAAAGGACACCGGUAUGGGAUGAGCUUCAGUGGCCUAACUGACUACAUAGACUCCUGGAUAGACAACUUACACAUUUCCGAUGACACAAGAGACGAAGAAGGAAUAAAGGAUAUGAAGAAGGAUAUGACGUACAGCCUAGUACACAAACUAGGGGAAAUGAAUAUUGAUCCAGAAAUAUUCAACGAUGACUCGCUAUAUGAAGAGGUACUAAGGGAUGAGCUACAGAAUAUGCUGGGUGAUGUCACUAUAACGGAUGCAAAUAUUAAAGCUCUCAAAGAUGAUCUGAUUGAUAAAGUAAAAUCUGCACAACAGAGAGCUCAUGAUGAGAUUAUAGGACAGAAUUAUAAGCACAAGUUACGCAACGCAAUGGCUAAUAUACUGCCAGCCGCAUGUGCAAUGUCGAAAGAAGAAAAUGCGGCUAUGGAACUUUUAAAAGAUCAACUAGCUGACGCGUACAUAGAUUUGAAUUAUGCAGGCGAUGAUGAAAAUCAUAGAGCACUUCUGAAAAGGAAAAUAACGAAUGAGAUUCACAUGUUUUGUAAUGACUAUUUGAGCUCACACCCUGCCUCACCUCUGAGUAAUAAACAACUUAACCAUGAGCUUUUCAACGCUUUGACUAGUGUACCGAUGCCUUCAGGAGAUUCUAUCCGAUAUGAAGUAGAACAAGCAAGAAUUAGAGAAGUAAUAAAUGAAUGGAUCAAAGAAUUGCCACUAGAAUACCAAAGCCCAUACGAGCUCUUAGCCAGAAACAGACUAAUUUACGUUCUAUCGAAGAAAUUGUUUGAUAUCGAAACUACAGUUGAAGAUUCACCGGACGAACCAAUGAGAAAGGAAAUAAUGAAAUUCUUACACAAAAUGCCAUUGAAAUCUGGAAAUGAAGACAACAACUUCGCAGAUAAUUUAAUAGAGAAACUAAAUGCAACAAAAGAAUCGAGAAGAUUUGAGGAUAGCAUCGAUGAAACUGAUGCAUCUGGAAAUAUCUGUGAUGUGUCAUGUCCUACCCAGGGUAAAGGUGGCGCGUCUUCGAAGUAUAGAAAGACAGCCAUGACGCAAGAAAGACCCUGUGCCAAACGCUCCACGUUCCCACCGUGCACUCUCAGCGCUGAAGACAAGGCUCACUUGGACAAAAUAAGACGUAGAUCAUGCGUAACACCAAAUUGCGUUAAGCAAAUAUUAAAAAAUGACAAAUGCACUGCCGCGGUUGGACCGCAGCCAAUGGACGCGGAAAGCCAAACAGAACUGAGGACGCAAGGCUUUGAAAAGGAUAAACAAUCAAUUUGCACAGGAACCAAUGAAAACAUGACCAGACCGUGUCCUGGUAUGUCUAGUUCACCACAUAGGUCUCCGUGCGGGUUCAGAAGGCAUACUGUGUCUGGUUCCAGACUAGACCGUGAGGAUCAGGAAGAAGUUCUGCCGCAAGUAGUCGUAAAGAAGUACCACUGGGAUUCUGCUGACAAGUCCAACUUCCAGGACUCAGAAUCACAAAAAGCUCGUCCCCCUUGUUCUGCUUCCUUUUCACCGCCCAGACCUGGAACCUGUCACCCUCAAGACUCCCCCUACCAGCGGCCAGCACCCUGCCAACGUCCUAGCACGCCUCCUUAUCAUCGGAAACAGGAGUCUGUGCCCUGCCAAGCUGGCACACCGCCCUACAAAAAAUCAAGCCAAUCCCCCUACCACCGUGACUGUUAUAAACACGACUAUGAAGAACAAUCCACCAGCCCUCACAGAGUCCCUUGCAACUACGAUCACUCAAUUGCUCAGGGCCCCGAAACACAACCCAAAAAGCCUGUGGGCCGCUUCUAUCAUUGGUCUCCGCAGAGAUCGUUCGACAGAGAGAGAAUCUCUCAAUCUUCGCAACGAUCGACCCCACACUCCCGGUCUCCUGCGCAGAGUCCCUGCAUGAGCCGAGCUCAAUCGCCGUAUGGAAUGAAUCACGAAUCCACACCACUAAGCUGUUCUAAUAGAGUGAAAAGAAACGGUCUUCAAGAGCAAAUACCUUGUAUUAACAGUAGACCGUCCAGGAAGGAGAGAGUCACCGAGUUAGGAUCUUUGGAUGACAUACAGCAUCCGAGGGCAAAGAAAAAUAACAGUAGUUUUGACUGGCCUUGUGGUCAGAAUCCGGAAGACGAUAGCUUUUGGGGUACACCUUGCAUGAGGCGCGUGAUCUUGGAUGAAGGACAAGACGAGCCUGAUGAGAUGAUGGAGAGGGAAGAAAGAGAAGAAAGAGAAGAGAGAGUGACUUGUAAGUGCAAAGAGAGGGUUCACCCCAAGGCCAUGAGGAGCAGCUGUAUGCAGUCCUGCCGCGAUAAGGACGGCCGUAGUGGGAACAACAUGCAACACCGCUGCUCCAAAUGCUGCGGCAUGCACUGUCCCUUUCCUAGCUUCCUGUAUUUCAGAGAGUAAGUGGUGUGUUGUCCUUUUUGUUGUGAUGUUAUUUUUACUUAAAUAAAACCAUUAAAAUUAAAAA